AUGGUCAUCGGAACCGUGCUGAAAGAGUCCAAGAUUGCAUCUGACAAGCGCCCUGUGGUAAACCCGGUCCUGCAGUGCCAAGAAAACAAGAUGGGAAUCUUCAAGACCCUCCUCACGCUGGCCAUGGUGGUGACGGCGCUCUCGCUGCCAACGCUGCCGACGCCACUGAAGCCGGAAGGAUCGCCGGACCGGCCGGUGCAGCCCGUCGUCCACACAAGUCCUGAUGUCGCUGUCGAACCGAAGUCGCCUGUCGAAUCGAAGCAGGGAGAACGUCUAGAGGGUGUCCGGUCGGUGAGCAAUGACCCAUCUCUGACGACCAAAAAACAGAGCGCAAGUGACGGAUCCGCUGUUCAAGCCACGCAGCACGUCGACACUCACGACACAUCGGGUAAGGACUCCGUCGUUCAGCUUAAAAAGUCGGUAAAGCUUAAUAACGACGAAAGGCCCUCAUUAGAGAAAGACGAGGCUAAAAGCGACACGAAAGACACUGUUUCACACGAAAAGCCACACGAGAGUCCAGAUGUCGAACUCGGCAAGGAUGCAGGCACUACCACUCCUUCAGAAGACAAACCACAAGAGCCUGCAAAGCCGUUACAGGGAAUAAUAGAGGAUGUGAGAGAUUUUGGAGCUCCGAAUGACGCUGUUGAACUGCCCAAGGACGUCACCACCUUGUCUCAAGACAGCAAGACUCGUGUACCCACUACUGAUGAUAAACACAAACCUACCGACAAGGUUGAAUCGGCGCCUGUGGUAGAUGAUGUACCAAACACUGAGCAUACACCAGUACACCCAGAAGCCACAAAUACAAACGCCGAUGUUACUAGGAAAGAAGAAUACGCCGUUACUGACGACCUAAAAAAGCCGAGCGAGGCUUCGGCUGUGACUCUACAUAAUGUCACUACAGCAAAAUCGGAAGCAAAUGAAGACCAUCCCAAAAAUUACCACAAAAUUAGCAAACGAGAGGACACUAAGCAAGAUUAUGAAAAAGACACUAUAGCUCAUGCUGUCAGCAACGCUGGUAGUCCUAAGACCAAGGUAUCUAAAUCAGAUGUAUCAAAGCCCGCACACGUCAAGAUGGACGCGCAUAAAUCCACUAAGCCACACACCAAAACUAUACAAGAAACUGCUGACGAAGUGAAGCCUAUUGGCUUCAAAACCUCCAGGGAAAUAGCCAGCCCAGAUACCUCUGAAAUAAAUGCUCAGGAAGUAGAAGUUGCACAGCCUAAGCAGUCGCCAGACACAGUCGUGAGUGAAGUCAGCGAAGUAAGCCCAUCGACACAAGUUUCACCUGGAGCUCCACCAGCAUCCGCACCUGAAGCCGCCGUUCCAACAUCUGAUGCAGAAACGCCUCAGGACAAACCGGCAACGCCGAUCACUGACACCGCAAAAAAUCAAACAGCGACUCCAACUGAAAGCGGUGGCGGCUUUAAUCCUUUUGGACCGAUUAGGAGUGUCUUUCAACCCAUCAUUGACGCUGCAGCUUCCGUGAGGGAUCAGAUACGACCAGUAAUUGGAGCUGCCCUCUCACCUGUUUUAGGUCCGCUCAGUCCGGGAAAAGGCGGAGCGGCGCAAAACGAAUCCGCAACUACGAUUACGCAGCCAUCAGAAGGCAGUGCGACGUCUCCGGCGAGCCCCACCAGUGAUGAAGAACCACAGAAGGAAACACAAACUGUUGUCCCUGCUGAAACAGCGUCAGUGACUACUGUUCAGGACAGCGUAGCUCCCGAGGUCAGAACUCACGAAAUUGGUGCUGCGACGGACGUCAAAACAGCGACUCUACCAGCCCAGGAGGCCAGCCGUAACGGAUCCCAGACCCCAUUGGGCCCAUUCCCCGUGCCUUUCGACCCGGUUGCCGCGAUCAACAGAUUCACCAAACCAGCAGUGGACGCUGCCACCAACGUACGUGACCAAGUGCGACCCAUCUUUGACGCUGCCGUGGCGCCCAUCGUAGACGCGCUGAACCCGACCAAGGAAGCGACAGACUCCAGUACAACGGCCGGUUCGGCUGAGCCGCAGCUUCAGGCAUCGGGCAUCGACAUGCCCGAGAGCGCGGCCCAAGAGCCAGCUGAGCCGAACAAGCGUCGCUACUCCAAUUACAAGCUGUUUUCCGUUUACAUCGGUAAUGACACUGCAACCUUGGAUGUCAUCAGCGCACUGAGAGAAAAUCUGGAGGUUGACUUUUGGAGUGAGCCCACACUGAAUCGCAAUGUGAGCAUCCUGAUCCCUCCGGGACUGGUUGAAAAAGUACAAAAUAUAUUCAAGGACGCUGGCAUAGAGUACCACAUCAUCACGGACGACAUACAACGGUGGAUAGACAGAGAAGACGAAGAAAAUCGGCCUGGUGUUUUUUUAGACCAAAGAGACAUAACACACUACGCUUUUGACAAAUACCACCGUGUUGAAGAGAUAACAGGAUUCUUGGACAUCUUGGCACAAAAGUACAGCCACAUUGCCACAGUGAGAAACAUCGGAAUGACCCAGGAGGGAAGGCCGAUCAAAGGAGUGAUUCUCAGCACCGGAAGUAACCGGCCGGUCCUUUGGUUCGAUGGUGGCAUCCACGCGCGCGAAUGGGUUUCACCGGCGUCGCUGCUUUACUUUCUGCACAAAAUGACAACGGGAUAUGGUUCAGACAGCACCAUCACGACCCUUUUGCAGACCUUCGACUUCUACAUCUUUCCCGUUGUUAAUCCCGACGGAUAUGCCUAUACUUUCACGUCGGAUCGCCUUUGGAGAAAAAACAGAUCUGGUGGUAGGCGAGGAUGCAGAGGUGUCGAUCCCAACAGAAACUUUGCCGCAGCUUUCGGUGGCGCUGGUACAAGUGGCCAUCCAUGCUCAGAUAUCUUUCGGGGCGCGCAGGCGUUUUCUGAGGCUGAAAGUCGUGCCAUACGCGACGCCGUUCUUGAGCUUGGAUCUCGAAUAAAAGGGUAUGUCACAGUUCACUCGUACAGUCAACUCAUCAUGGUGCCGUACGGGCAUGGUCGCGGCACUUAUACCAGGGAUUAUGCCGACCAGAUAUCAGCAGCAAGGGCUGUAUCCAGAGCUAUACAGAUCCGUUCUGGCGUAUACUAUCAAGUGGGAACCAUUUCAGGCCUUCUAGGUUCUGCAGCUGGGUCGUCCAGCGAUUGGGUCUACGACGGGGCAAAAAUCAAGUACUCCCUAGCCGUCGAAUUGAGGGACAAGGGACGCUACGGCUUUUUGUUGCCGAAUUUCCUCAUUGUGCCAACAGCAGACGAGGCGUCGGAGGGCUUCAAGGCUUUCGCAAAGUUCGUCGCUAGAAGAGAGCUCAACAAGUUCAUUCACAAAAUGAGAAGGAUGUACCAUGGUAGCGCUUGUGGUCUGCUGUCGUGGACAUUAUUUGUCGUCUUCACCACCUGCAAUGGGAGAGUCAGCUUCCAAGGGCACAAACUCGUAAGAGCCUAUCUAAACUCAUUGUCAUCCGUCGAGUUGCUUCGAAACCUGCAGACAAACAACACUCAUCUGGACUUUUGGGACGAGCCUGUAGCACCAGAUCAGAACGUCACCAUCCGCUUGCCUCCAUCGGAAGCGUUUAUGUUCGAAAAACGUCUCGAACUCUGUGGAAUACAGUACACCGUUCUCACUGAAAAUUUGCAAGAGUGGAUUGAUCGGGAAAGAAAUGACAAUCAAAGAGAUGGAGAUUUUGACCCUAGGGAUGCCGGCAGUUUCCGCAUAGACAUGUACCAUACGCUAGACGAGAUCUACGGAUUCCUGGAUUCAUCAGCCCAAAAGUUUCCCAACAUCGCCAGUCGUGUCACCAUCGGGAAAACGGAAGAAGGCGCUGCGAUUCGUGGAGUCAAGAUAAGCUCCGGGGGCAACUCUAGCCGGCCAGCCAUAUGGAUCGACAGCGGUAUUCACGCCCGCGAAUGGAUCUCCACGGCCUCGGCGCUGUACAUUAUCGACCACAUGCUGAAGAGCUACAACGACAGCGACGACGUUACGAAACUGGUGGACACCUUCGAUUGGUACAUAUUUCCUGUCAUCAACGCGGACGGAUACAAGUACACCUGGACCACCCAUCGGCUGUGGCGAAAGAACAGGGUGAGAAACGUGGGAAGCCUCUGCCGUGGAGUGGACCCGAAUCGAAACUUCGACGUGCGCUUUGGCCUGGCAGGUUCAAGCGCCAACCCCUGCGCGGAGAACUUUGCCGGCACGUAUCCUUUUUCGGAGCCCGAGAGUCGUGCCAUCAGAGACGGCAUCAACAACCUCAAGGACAGACUAAAGGCGUACAUCAACUUGCACUCCUACAGUCAAAUGGUCAUGAUACCGUACGGCUACUCCAAAGGAUACACGAGCGACUACAAGUCGCAGUACGAAGCUUUGGAAAAGUUGGUGACCGCCAUCAGAAAGAGGAACAGCGCCUUUUAUCGCCAUGGAACAGCCGGACAGACAUUGUACAUCACGUCGGGCGCAGCGCUGGACUGGGUGUACGACAAAGCCAAGGUGAAACACACGUUCGUCGUCGAGCUGCGGGACCGUGGCCUGUUCGGCUUCAUCCUGCCGCGCGAGUUCAUCACGCCGACGGGCGACGAGCUGUUCAGCGGCGUCAAGGCGCUCGCCUUCCACAUCAUGAAGGCUGAACUGAAAUCCCGAUGA